AUGUCACGUCUCAUAGUAAAGAAUCUGCCUCCCUAUGUCACUCCCGCCCGCCUGCAGCAACAUUUCGAGCAGAAAGGAUCUCCAGCAGGCACCCUCACAGACGUCAAAGUUGCUUUUAAAAAUGACGGUACCUCUCGCCGAUUCGGGUUUGUCGGUUAUAAAACCAACGAGGAAGCUCUGACCGCGAAGGAAUGGUUUGACAAAACAUUCGUGGACUCUUCUAAAAUUAGUGUGAACAUCGUCGAGGGAGUUAAAGACGCCCCGAAGCCUAGACCGAACAAACGACCGCGGAUUGACGAUACCAGCGUUGAGGAUGUACUUGUCAAGUCGACCACGAAAGCUUUGGGAUCUACGGCAAAGUCUGAAAAGUCGAAAAAGGAUUCUCAGUUGGAUGAAUUCCUUGAAGUGAUGCAAACGAAGAAAGGUCCCUCAUGGGCAAAUGGAGUUUCACCUGAGGCCUCUACAAGCGCAACAAAACUGGACGACUCGCCGUUACCGGCUGAAGACGAGCCUUCAGCAGAGGAAGGUCUAUCCGACAUGGAGUGGAUGCGGCGAAGAAUGACAGAGACAACCGAUACGGCUGAACAAGGUAUAAAGUCAGAGGUGCCAGUGAGGAUCGAGGAACCCAGAGAACCCGUUCAAGAAGCCAUACUUCAGACUUCCAGAUUGUUCGUGCGGAACCUUGCCUUUUCAUGUUCGGAUUCAGAUCUUACAACUCUGUUUGGAAAAUUUGGAGAAUUAUCUCAGGUCCAUAUACCUGUUGAUCCAUCGACUCGACAACCUAAAGGCCUUGCUUAUGUGACAUUUGCGAAAGCCGCAGAUGCCGUAACUGCGUAUGAAGUUCUUGACAAAACAUCUUUCCAAGGGCGAAUAGUGCAUAUUCUUCCAGCUGUUGACCGGAAGGGCAAGUUCGAAGUCAAAGAAGGAGAGGGUGCAAAACGAAGUGUUAAGGACGAGAAUAACGCGCAGCGCAAAGCCACGGCAGGGAAGGAGUUCAAUUGGAGUAUGUUAUACAUGAACAGUGAUGCUGUGGCUUCGUCCAUUGCUGACCGUAUGAACAUACCCAAAGCCGACAUUCUUAACCCUGAUUCUGACGACCCAUCUUCGUCUACCAAUCCUGCCGUUAAGCUUGCGCUCGCCGAGACGCACAUUAUCAAUGAAACGAAAGCUUAUCUUGAAUCCAAUGGCGUCGUUCUUGCUUCGUUCUCAUCCUCUCGAACCGCCCGUGCCGAUACUACAAUUUUAGUCAAGAACAUUCCCUACGGAACGUCCGAUACUCAGAUACGGGAGCUGUUCGAACCGCAUGGAACUGUCUCCCGGGUGCUGGUACCCCCAGCCGGUACCAUCGCGGUUGUCGAGUUUGAGAAGCCAGACGAAGCUAGCCGGGGCUUCAGAGCUGUAGCUUAUCGACGAUUAGGCAAUUCCGUGAUUUAUCUCGAAAAAGCUCCCAUCGGCAUCUUCACCGAUGCUCCUCCUCCUCCUUCUGCAUCAUACUCCGCAACUCCUGGUGCCAUUCCCGCUUAUGCUGUCAAAAUCCCCGAACAAACUGCUGAAGCGACGAAUGAAGGUGAAUUAGCCGCUGGGACCACACUAUUUGUCAAGAACCUGGCGUUUUCUACUACCACGGAGCGGCUGAAUCAGAUGUUCCGAAACCUUCCUUCGUUUGCUUUCGCGCGCGUACAAAUGAAGCCGGACCCAAAGAAACCUGACGGGAAGUUGAGUAUGGGAUAUGGGUUUAUUGGGUUCAAGGAUGUUGACGGUGCACGGAAGGCCAUGAAAAGUAUGCAGGGCUUUGUCCUCGAUGGCCACGCAUUGCAUAUCAAAUUCGCUGGUCGUGGUGCCGAUGAGGAUGUUGAUAAAAGGAAAGAUGGUGUAAGUUCGAAGAGUCGAACGACCAAGAUGAUUGUCAAGAACGUGCCAUUUGAGGCGACCAAGAAAGAUAUUCGGGAUUUAUUUGGAUCUCAUGGUCAACUGAAAUCUGUCCGUCUACCCAAGAAAUUUGACUCGCGAACACGUGGAUUUGCGUUCCUUGACUUUGUGUCAAGGCAAGAAGCAGAAAAUGCUUAUGCCGCUCUCCGUCAUACACACUUAUUAGGAAGGCAUUUAGUUCUCGAGUGGGCGGAGGAAGCAGAGCAGGACUUGGAGAUGCUUCGCAAAAAGGCUGGCAUAGGCUUUGGUGCUGGAAAGGAGAUGCCUGGUAAGAAGAGAAAGCUAGAUAUGAGCAUCACUGGCGAGAACGAGGAGGAUGAGGAGGAAUGA